AUGGGCAGCGAUGAUCCAGAAACGGUGUUGUCAAUCCCACUGAAGAAGACUGAUCUGGUGGAGCUGUACCUGCCGUUACGUAAGUUGGUAGCCUCAAAAUACUCGGAGAGCGAUGCACAAAAAGUUGAAAGCGUUUUGGAAACCUUAAACAAAUGCCGCAGAGACAUGGUGGAGCGUAGAGGGGACCUCUCCCUUCCGAUGCAACGUGACUGCCUCAUCCACUACUUCAAAUGCCUUUCCAUGGUUGAGCCACUCUUCUCCUCUCUCUCCUCCGACGCCGACCCCAUCAUCUUUGUCUGGUACGACGCCUUGAACCCUGAGCAUGAGAAUGGGGUCUCCUCACAGCGCAACGGCAUCCAAUUGGAGAGGGCCGCUGUUCUCUUCAACCUUGGAGCCAUCUGCAGCCAGAUUGCUGCCUCUUGCGACCGUACCACCGCCCUUGGCCGUCACCUUGCAAUGGAAGCCUUUAAAGUUGCCGCCAAUUUCUUCUUCCAACUCUGGAAGGUUUUCGCCAAGGACGUGGUCUCCGCCACCCUCGAUUUGACUCUCCUCUUCGUGGAGUUUCUGCAUGUCCUCUUCGCCGCUCAGGCUUCCGAGCUCGAAUUACAGCAACAACUGAACAACAACGACGCCAGUUACGCUCUCCAACAACACCGAUGUGCCCUAUCAUUUUCAUCGGUUCAGUCGCUUUAUCUUAGAGCAUAUUUACUGAUACUUACGGUUUCGGGUGCGGCUGCACGGAAACAUGUCUACUCUUUUGACCAAACAUGGGUAACUCAUCUUCACCAGAAGCUGACAUUCUUUCAGGCGGAGCCACCUGAAAAGAGUGAGCCCUUGAAUCUCUAUGAGUCCCUGCGCAAUUACUUUGUCCUCAAAUACUCUGAGAGCGUGGCAAAGAGAGUAGAAGGCCUUCUAGAAAUGCUACACAAAUUGCGCAAUGAGAUGCUGCGUGAUGACCUUCUUGGUACAAUUGAUUGA